AUGGUCUGCCGCAUGCUCGAAGGUAGCAGCCGCCUUAUGUCGGGAAACAUCAAUGAACUUUAUUCUUCGAUCAUCGAUGGUUUCGACGACUCCGUUCGCAGUAUCGGAUUGCAUUACCUCUUCCACAUUAUUCAUCUUGCUGAACCUCUCUCACCGUCUGAGCUGCGCCGGUUGUUCGGGAAGGACGUUCACUUGUAUCUUCUACCCUUCUCGGCCCUGAUGUCCGUUCCUUCGUCCGAUUCAUCCGAUCUCGUCCAACCCUUUCACACCUCCUUUCGCGAUUUUUUGCAGAUACAGAUGGAGUGCAUCAGGCUCGCCGGUCCCGAAGUGCACAGAUUGUUGACUUACCGUUGUUUUAGCGUCAUGGCGGGUCUCCUGAAGCGAGACAUCUGCGGACUUGCAAAUCCCUCGCUGUUCCGUACCGAAAUCUCCGACUUCGCUCAGAGACGGGACAAGAAUAUUCCUCUGGCUCUGAGAUAUGCUUGCCGACACUGGCUAUACCACCUUCGGCAGACCACUCCGGAUGACGGCAUCUCAGGACAUCUUCUAGCGUUUUUAGAAACGAAGGUUCUCUUCGCGAUCGAAGUCUAUGCCCUGCUUGGCGAACUUGCCGUUGGAGCCGAGAUACUCAGGGCUGCUCGCAAACAUGUCACGGGCUGGACUAAGUCGCUCGUUCCCCGUAAUGGCGACAUUUUGAUUCUGCUCUAUGAUAGUUGGCGCUUGACUCUCGACUUCUUCGAUCCUAUCAGUGCAUCCGCUCUCCAUGUCUACGAGUCGGCGCUCGUGUGCUCUCCCGCUGAGUCGCAGAUACGGCGUGUGUAUGGGCAUGUACUUGCAGAAGCAACAGUCUUCAUCUUUGAGGACGGAUUGGAUCCCCAAUGGAAUAAAGUGAUACGUGUCGUGCAACUUGACGACAAAUUUGGUGAACACGACAGUGGGCCCUACCGUGUCCGCUCCGUCUCUGUGUCUCCAGAUGGUUCUCAGGCUGUGAUUGAGUGCGGGAAAGUGAUAUCACUACUCGACACAGCUACAGGAACAAUCGUCACAUCGCUACACAAGCAAGACCUUGAUAUGGCUGUCACUAAGUUCUGCGAUAUUUGUAUAUGCCACACUGGUCUACAAAUAAUCAUAUCAACCCAAUCCAAUUCGUUUAGGUGUCUAUUGUGGAAGCUCUCCGACAGGUCAAUAACAUCUUUCGAUCUGCCGCUAGACGCUUGUCCUCUUAGCCUCGCCUGUUCUUACUAUGAUGGACGCAAGAUUGCCAUUCUGGGUUCCAGCGAACAAUACCCAGAACAUCGAUGGCCUCGGGGGGGCUACUACAAGGUCACCAUCAAUAUAUAUGAUGCGGACUCGGAGACCCACCAGCAACUUUCGCACUGGGAAUAUCAAACUCAAAACGUUAUCCACCCGAUGUUGGAAUUCUCGCUCAAAGGUGAUUGGCUGAUGGCGGAUACCCAGUGCGAGGACGGCAUUUUCAUUUUCGAUUCCACAAGCGGUCAACUUCUUUGGCAUCUCCUCUGUAAAAGCGGCCUCGCCGAUCACUUCUUCAGUCCUGACGGGGACUAUAUCCUACACGCAUUGAAGCGGGAAACCUCGAGCCCCUACAGCUUUCACAGCAUACCCGAACGCAGUGCAUCAGCCUCACGCUCGCCCUGCGGCACCGUCGGAGGGUGCAGACCAACUGCAAGCGAAGAGCGAACAUUCACGGAUCACACACCAGAGCGCGUCGUCGACGAUGACAACAAAAUAAUAGGGACACGAGUCGGCGAUAGUGUUUCCACGCGUGCAUGGACAAAUUAUAUAUAUAGCACAGCACCAGACAGGGGCCCUUGGCGGCGUCUUGUCGAGGGGUGUUUUCACGUAAUCGCACAUGGGCGCGACUCGCUCGCAAUCGUUGACAUGGUGCAAGCGAGCGCUCAAGGGCAUCCGCGGCCUGUUCACGUUGCGGAGAAUGAAGAUACGUCUAGAAGUUGGUGGCCACAUGACUGGUCUGCCGUUGGACGCUCCGAUCAGUGUGACAUGAUUGCCUUCAAACCAAGAAAAGAUCCGAUUGACGACGCCGAACUCUCCACUCGCUAUCAUAUCUAUGACACCAACUCUACCACAUGUCAAUGUGAAAUCCUGCUAAUGGACCUUCUUGAAGCCAAUGGAAUGGGACAUGGUCGUAUUCCAGGAUUUCCCCGCUUUUCACCGAAAUCUACGUACUUUGCGUUAGCCGUUCCGAACCACGCACGCUUUGCUUUCGGACUAUGGAAUUCCAGGACAGGCAUGCACUUAGGAAGCACUGCUAUAGAUAUAGUUCUCGACGACAGAGAUCAUACUGGCCUUGUGUCCAGCAUUCAUUUCUCGGAGGAUGAGACCGUGGUGGCAAUGGUUUACGGUUAUCCUGAAUACUCGACCGAGGAUCCCGACCUUACAAUUGCCUUUAUAUCUCUGGAACAAGGCGACGUCAGGCUAGUAGCAUUAUUCCCAAAUCCGGAUGAAGAGAUAUCGUUUCUGAACGGCAGAACACUAAAAGUCAUUUCUGUGACUCGGGAUUCGGUUGACUGGUGGGGUCUAUGCAGGGGCGAUACCGUGUGUCAUCUUCACUGGAGGAGAGCAACAUCAGAAAUUGUGAAAAUAUCAUCUGUGGAAAGUCUACGGCAUGGGUUUACCUCGGUCGAGCACACCCCAAGUUUACAGACCAUACACUGCAGGAACUGGCAAGAUCAAUGGUUCCGCAUGAGGUUAUCCCCAGAAUCGGACUCCGAAGACGCAUUGGACGAAGAUUCGGAGCAAGGGAAGUACAUACUCGAAGAAGAUAACGACGAAACAGCGGUCCCUGACACCCUUUCUUGGUCAGACCUAUGUCUUGAUCCAUACGGAUGGUUUCGAAAACGAAAUCAUCGGCUCUUCUGGCUCCCAGCGCGGUACAGACCAGUUGAUUAUGAUGAAGAUGGGCUCAAAUUAGCUAUAGUAGGCGACAGGGUUACGAUACAAGGUCUGAAAAACGAUCGCACCAUUACGAUACGACUUCUCAAUACCGAGAUCGAUUACUUUGUGUAG